AUAUUAUUUGGAAAGAUGAAGCUGACUUGGACACUAUUUGCCUUAUUGGCUUUUGUUGCCGUCCAGGGACUGCCAUACUCUACAGAUCGUGGAACACCGCACACAAGCUAUGAAGAAUACUCCGAAAGCCAAUCUUCUAGCAGUGCUUAUGAAAGCAGUUCCAGCAGCAGCGAUAGCGAGUUCAGUUCGUCUGAUGGCGUAUAUAUAAAAGCAUCGAAACAUUCGCAAGAAGAAGCUGCAUCUGCAGCAUCAUCUGAAUCAAGUGCCUAUAAGAAAGUUCUUGAUGGCUUGAUAGUAAAAGAAGCAAUCGAAGAGGCAAGCUCAGUCGCCGCCAGUGCAACUGCUAGUAGUUCUGAGAGCUUAGUCUAUUCGGAUGGUAAACAUUACGCUGAUAAAUCGAGCAAAAGUUCUGCUCAAAACUCACACCAAGACGCAUAUUGGGAUUCAUCAUCAACUUCCUCAGUAGAGUCUGACGAUGAUGACGAUGACGACGACGAUGACGACGACGACGACGACGACGACGAUGACAAUGACAACAGUAAAGAAUACCAACGCAGUGGUAGUUCUAGCAACCAAUCCAGCCAAAACAACUUAAGCAGUCAAUCUGGCAGCAGCAACCAAUCUAGCCAACGCAACUCAAAUAAUCAAUACGGAAGUAGAAACCAGUCUAGCCAAAACAACUCAAAUAAACAAUCUGGGCGUUGGAAUCAAUCAAGCCAAAACAACGAAAGUAACCAAUAUGGCGAUAGCAACCAAUCCAGUCAAAGAAAUUCAAACAACCAAUCGGGCAGUAGUAACCAGUCUAGCCAAAAUAACUCAAGCAACCAGGUAGGCAAUAGUAACCAAUCUAGCCAAAAUAACUCCAGCAACCAGUCUGGCAGUAAAAACCAAUCUCAACAAAACAACUCAAACAAGCAAUAUGGCAGUUGGAACAAAUCUAACCAGAACAACUCAAGCAAACAAUCUGGCAGCAGGAACGAAUCCAGUCAAAACAACGUAAGCAACCAAUCUGGCCACAGCAACCAAUCUAGCCAAAAUAACUCAAGCAACCAAUCUGGCCAAAGUAACCAAUCUAGCCAAAACAACUCAAGUAACCAAUCUGGCAGUUGGAACAAAUCUAACCAGAACAACUCAAAUAAACAAUCUGGCCACAGUAACCAAUCGAGCCAAAAUAACUCAAGCAACCAAUCUGGCGACAGUAACCAAUCUAGCCAAAAUAACUCAAGCAACCAAUCUGGCCACAGUAACCAA